GCGCUUUCUUUCUGCAAAUUUAGUUCCGUGUUCAUAUUUCAAUAAAUUGUUUCCCAAAAAAGGUGGUCAGGAAACGUAACGCCAUUGAUUGAAUUCAUGCAAGCCCUCUCUCUUUUGUUAUUUUUUUUUUAUUAUUUUCCUGUCCAUCAUUUUUAAAGCUGUCAGAAAUGCAGCUUUUAACUUGACAACGUGGUUUUGUUCUAAUUUUACUCAGCAUUGUUUCGUUUGUGUUCACGUAGCGACUGAUCAAAUACGUACUUUGCCAUAAUUUUAAGUGACGAAAAUUUUUUAAAUUGGCGUUUUUCCGUGGCCAUCUGACCUUAAAGAACUUAUUUCUCACCAUUCUGUGACAGUUGCUUUUAAAUAGCGAGGUAGUUUUCCCGUGGCUUUAUUCCACUGCUGCUCGUGCUAUUCAUGCCUAGACCAGCUUCGGUACAAAGGCGAAAAGAUAUUUAUCAUUCGAAACUAAAAGGAAUUAUCGCAGACAAACGAAUUCACAUCAUACGCUUAUCGACAAAGAGACGGAUAUCGACUUGACGCUUUCGUUCAUUAUUUGUCAGAGUGAAUCUCUACAUUACGUAACAUGUCUACUGAAGCCGACAUGUUACGUCUAUCUGCUCGUCCGCGCAACACACGGUCGCAUUCCCUCAAACCACAAAGCCAGCCCAUGAUGCAGUUCAAGCAACGAUCCAAACGUACAAUGAGCUUGCCAUCGAAACCUGUGCUACUACCGCUGAUUAACAUACAGCGUUGUCAAGACAACUGGAAGGACGAAAGUGAUGAAGAUGAAAGUGUGAGAAUUGGAGAGGAAAUGGCGUGGUAUACACCAAUUGUUGGACUCUCAUGCAGCCUCGUAAUAUAUUUCUGGGCAUGCGCGCUCGCCUACUAUUCGAAGCCUUGAAAAGUCAAAGAAGACGGUUGGUUGCACAGUUGUUUUGAAUUCUUUCAUUUUU